AUGUCUGUUGAGGUGGAAAACGAUCUGAUCAAGUUCUCGUACGGCAAGGCACAUGCCUGUGUUGCGAAAAAAGGCUGCACUUUGGUCUCCUUUGUGGUGGAUAGUGAUGAAUACUUGUAUCUCUCGGAAGCUGCCAAUUUGUCGAGCAAGAGCCCGACGCCCGUGAGGGGCGGCAUGCCGCUGAUUUUCCCGGCAUUUGGCAAGUCGUAUCUGGAGAGCCUGAAGACGGUCCAGCAGCACGGGUUUGUGCGCAACAUGGCUUGGGACUUCGUCAUAGCGGAGGUUUUGACAGAGUGCACGGUAGCACGGUUUCGGCUAAGCCAUCGGCAGUGCGAGAAGGAGCAGCAGUACAAAAACUGGUGCGAAUUUUAUGGCCAGCCCAUAAAGUUUGAGCUGACGAUGGUUUUCGAGCUAUUUCCAGACCGCAUCACGGUGAACACGGGCCUAGUCAACGAAAACGUGUCUGAGCUCGAGUUUCAAUUUUUGUACCACACCUAUUUUCGAGUGCCCUGUGUUCGCGACAUGUAUAUCACGGGCUUGAAGGGGGCCAAAUAUCUGGACAGACUGCAGACCCGAUACGGGCUGGAUGGCAGUCCUAUGCUCAAAGUGGAGGAGCAGACAGACAAACUGUACGAGUUGGGCGAGAACAACCGGGAAAUCGACAUCUUGUCGGGCAACUACAACGUGAGACUGACUGCGUCGGACAAUUUGAAGGACCUGGUGGUUUGGAACCCGUGGGAAGAAAAUGCGGCCAAGAUGAAGGACUUUGAGCCGAAAUCCAGCUACCGCAACAUGUGCUGCGUCGAGUUCGGCACAAUUGGGGGCACAACGGUCACCCAAGGCCAACGGUGGCAGUGCCAGCACACAAUCACCAUCAUUUAG